UGUGCCCAUAGAAGCUUCGGAAGUUUCUGAGAUCGAGCACCAAACGUUAUCGGUGUAUCCAAAAAUGGAAAACUAUUCGAAUCUUGCAUAAAUACCUUAUUUGGCUCGUUGAGGUAUCAUAAGCCGUUGAUUCAGUAAAUGAUUCCAGCCUAUGCAGAAUAGACCAUCAUAUCAUUCAAGACAAGACAUAUCAUUUCCUGUUUCAUCAUAAUCCUUCAACCUCAACUCUAUCCAUUGAUAGUAUGACCAUGGUCAAAUCUGGACGGAAAAUAUGCCCACGAUCUUGAGAUGUUUAGCAUCUCCGGGCAGAAAACUUGAUCACCUAUAAUGCACGAGACAUUACCGACAAGUGCUCAUCUAUGCGCUGCCUUGCUAUCUUGAUCCCCUUAUCAGCCCAGUUGCAAUGUGGGCCCUCAGUGAUUCAGACAUCUCCGGCCGCAAUCAGCUAAGGAACAGACGUGAUUCGCCCAUCGCCUCUAUCUCCUGAUAACGCAUACUCUUCAACCUCCGCGGGAUCAGACCAGAGCCCAAUGCAUCCACUCAAUUGUAACUUGCAUCUCCUCGCGGGAAACAGAGAAACACGAUAUCAUGAACCAAGCCUCAGCAGAUCCAAAUGGAGAACCUCAGGGGGGUCCUAGGCCCUCGAAACGGGCAAACGGCAGUGCCGUCACGUCAGAUCACCCGCGAUAAGACUUAUUAUACUGCACUUUCUGCUACCUCUUAGACUAAUCCUCAAUUCAAACAAUGUUAUCAAUGCUCUCGGUUGUGUAACUAUUCUUGAAACUUCUUCACAACUAACACACAUAUCUUUAUACACCAUGGAGACUUCAACAACAACAACCCUCCUACAACAGGAAAGGAUUCCUGAAAGCUCUGAACCAAUCUCAACCCAUACACAUACCCACAGCCUUCCUCCUACUCCUCCAGGAACAGCAAAGCCAUCUCGGAUAGGUAGCUUCCACGAUCUACAAGAACUCUCAUCAGUUGAAUCUCCUCGUCUCGACCAUAUCAAGCCUUAUCCUCUACCUCCAAAAUUCUCGCCAAAGUCUGUCCUCAAGGAAGAUCUCAAGACUCCUGAUAACUUUGUUGAGAGAGACCCACGUCUUAUUCGUCUAACUGGAGUCCACCCUUUCAACGUCGAGGCACCCCUGAGCGACUUAUACGAUGAAGGUUUCCUGACCAGCGAGAACCUUCACUAUGUCCGUAACCACGGACACGUACCUAGAUGUGAAGACGAUGACAUUCUCGACUGGGAGUUCGAAAUAAGUGGCCUUGUCGAAAACCCCAUCAAGAUGAACGUGCGGGAUCUCAUCAACGACUACCAGCAAUUGACUUAUCCAGUGACGUUCGUGUGUGCUGGAAACCGUCGCAAAGAGCAGAACAUUGUACGGAAAACCAAGGGUUUCUCUUGGGGACCGGCCGGCCUGUCAACAGCUCUCUGGACCGGUGUUGCUAUAGGAGAUCUCCUUUCUGCGGCGAAACCUAAGCGCGGAGCCCGGUAUGUUUGCUUCGAGGGAGCAGACAAGUUACCCAAUGGCUAUUAUGGUACAUCCAUCAAGCUCAACUGGUGCAUGGAUCCUAACAGAGGUGUCAUGGUGGCUCACAAGAUGAAUGGCAACCCCCUACCCCCAGACCAUGGCAAGCCUGUUCGUAUCGUCAUUCCUGGACAGAUCGGCGGUCGAAGCAUUAAGUGGCUUAAGAAGAUUACUAUCACUCAAGAGCCUAGCGAUAACUGGUAUCACAUAUAUGAUAACCGUGUCCUACCCACCAUGAUCUCACCUGAAGAGAGCGCAAACUUGCCUGAGGUCUGGAAGGAUGAGAAAUACGCCAUUUACGACCUCAGCACGAAUAGCGCCAUUUGUUACCCUGCCCAUGAAGAGAAGGUGCCAUUCACGGAUGCUCCGGCAAGCUAUAAGGUGCGAGGUUAUGCCUACAGUGGUGGCGGAAGACGUAUUACAAGAGUCGAGGUUACCCUUGAUAAGGGUAAAUCUUGGAGACUCGCCAACAUCAGAUACCCUGAGGAUGACUACCGCAACGCCCCUGAAGGUGAUACUCUGUAUGGGGGGCGUGUCGACAUGUGGUGGCGCGAGACAUCCUUCUGUUGGUGCUUCUGGGACCUUGACAUUCCUCUGGAUGAGUUGAAGAGUGCAGACGACAUCAUGAUGCGUGCUAUGGACGAGUCCAUGAACGUGCAGCCUCGAGAUAUGUACUGGAGCGUACUGGGCAUGAUGAACAACCCGUGGUUCCGCAUCGUGAUCCACAAAGAGGAUCAUGCACUUCGCUUCGAGCAUCCCACUCACGCUACCCUGAAGAUCAAGGGUUGGAUGGAGCGAGUCAAGGAGGCCGGUGGUGAUCUCACUAACGGCUACUGGGGUGAGAAGGCCCCUGGUGAAGUUCAAGAGGUCGUGGUAAAGGAGCCCGAGAAGCAGAUCUGCAUGACCAACCCUCAGAUCAAUCGAAAGAUCACCAUAGAAGAGCUCAAGGCUCAUAGUGGUGAAGAAGAGCCUUGGUUCGUUGUCAAGGGCGAAGUGUACGAUGGCACUCCUUACCUCUCCGGUCACCCUGGUGGUGCAGCAUCAAUCUUUGGUGCCGCUGGUCAAGAUGCCACUGAAGAAUUUAUGGCCAUUCACAGCGAAAAUGCAAAAGCCAUGCUGCCCACAUACCACAUUGGCACCCUCGAUGAAGAAUCCCGUGCCAUUCUCAGUGGCGAUGCUACCAAGACGAACGACGACGCAGACCGAGAAGUGUUCCUCCAAGCCAAGACAUGGAGCAAGGCUAUUCUCGACAAGAAGACAUCCAUCUCACCAGAUACCAAGAUCUUCUCCUUCAAGCUCAACCACGAAGCCCAGAAGAUUGGCCUCCCCACUGGCCAGCAUCUUAUGAUGCGUCUCCGCGACCCUGCCACCCGCGAGGCUAUCAUCCGCUCAUACACACCAUACUCCGACGGCUCAGAUUGUGGCCGUCUGGAUAUUCUUAUCAAGAUCUACUACGAUACUCCCCAGCGCAAGGGUGGUGUUAUGACACAAGCACUCGAUGCCCUUCCCAUUGGCCACUGGGUUGACUUUAAGGGACCUACGGGCAAAUUCGUCUAUCAUGGCAAUGGCCUCUGUACGAUUAAUGAGAAAGAACGCCGUGUUCGCCGUUUCAUCAUGGUGUGUGGUGGUUCUGGCAUUACUCCUAUCCGCCAAGUACUCCGCGCUGUUAUGCAUAAUCCCAAAGACACGACGCCAUGUCUGGUCUUCAACGGCAACCGGAGUGUGAACGAUAUUCUCUGCAAGGAGGAGCUCGAAGAACUGGAGGCUGCCAAUCCUUCAAGAUGCCGAGUCGUUAAUGCCCUCUCUAAUCCACCACCCGAAUGGAAUGGCCUCAAGGGCUUCGUGAACCAAGCCCUGGUUCCCGAAUACAUGGAUCUGCCCAAGGCAAGUGGUGAAGGCGAUGAGUUGGUGCUUGUUUGUGGACCUCCACCGAUGGUUAAGGCUGUUGAGGCCUCAUUUCUGGGCAUGGGUUUCAAAUCAGAUGAUUUUGUAUUCUUCUGAAGGAUCUUCAGGGUGAUAAUCUGACAGUCAAAGUGGACUGCUUACGUAUUUCACGAUGUUACUUUACAGGGAGGCGUGAGGAAAAUGGCGUUUAGAGGAUAGAUUAUUUUUUGGGAUUCUUUGGUAACUCUAUAAAAUCAGAGUUCGAGUAACGUACGUAUAAACAACAGUAUGCUAUACAUGCUCCAACGACCCAACUCUGUGUAUCUAUACAUGCAUGCUAUCCCUGAGCAAUAUCAAACUGGAAAGUGACUCCUGGUCAUAACAUCGUAAUAGAUUAAAAAAAGAACCGGUAGACUCGAAGCGAAUCGGUGAGGAUUCUAUCAAUGUCCACCCUCGGAACUACCUUCAGCAGCCCCCUCGGAUCCAUGGCCAGUUGGGUUUGGAUAGUAGAAGGCCGCAACAGCAAUAGCGACGUAAAGAAUGAUGAGCAGAAAGCCUUCCAGGUAGUUGCUCUUCUGAUCCUGGAGGAAUCGACCAACGGUGAGAAUAGCGAGGAUGAGCAUGACGAGGUCGAAAACUGCAAAGUUGAGAUCAAGACCCUUGUUGAGGCCCCAGCUGACAACGACGGCAAGAGGGGCGUUAAAGAGAGCAGUUUGUAAAGUCGCACCAAGUACGUGAGACAUUGCCAAAUUAAUCUGGUUAUCCCAGGCCUCAUCGAUGGCGGUCAAGUGCUCCGCAAGCUUCUCAACAAGUGGAACAAGGAUGAGACCCAUGAAGGCGUCGCUGACAUCACCCCUUUCGAUGACAUGUUCGAUCUGCAUGACGAGAAUAACCGCCGUCCAUGCAACAAGGCCCACGGAGAUGACCAAAGCGAUGAUGCACUCAGUCAAAGUAAGCUUGGCCUUGGCUUGGUCCUUGUGCUUGUCUCGAUCGUUGUGCUCAUCCUGUUCGAAUACAGCAGCGUAAAUACCAUGGUGAGUUCGAGCCUGAUAAAAGACAUAUACAAGGUACGCGAUGAUCAGAAGAACUGAGAUGACGCGCGAGAUUUGGAGUGUCUUGUGGUCGAGGUUUGCGGCGGUAAGUGACUCGCCAUUGCCAACACCGUACUCGAAGACAGUAGGAAGGGCCAGAACAACACCACUGUGAAUCAGUCAGUUGUUGAACGAGGGGGGAGGAUCGGGAAAGUUAUACUGACGCGGUUAAAAGUAGUCCGCUUCCAGCUUCGCUGAUAGCCUCAUUGAAUUCCUGUUCUUCUUUCAACAUGCCACCAACGAAAAAGCAAGCACCGAGGCAUAGGAGCAUGGUAGCAAGAAUUGAACCCAUGAUGGCAGCCUUGAUAACGAAAAACAUAUCCUUGGAAAGAAGAACCAUGAAAAGAAUGAUUUCGACGAUAGAGCCAAUGCUAAAAAUAAACAUGUCAGUUAUUGUUUCUCGGAUUUAAAUCCAUGAGGAACAUACGUGAUCUCGAGAAGGACACCCAAGACAUGAGGCAGCUUUCGUGACAGCUCCUGACCAGCAAAGCCGAUCAAAUUGGCACACGGAACCAUGGCGAUAUAGGCCAGCGCGAAAAUGGUGAUGUGAUUAUCGGGCAUAGCAUCUGAUACGCGUGAGCCAAGUCUAUACAAGAUAUUGUGGGAGAAGACUUACAGCGAACAGCAAUGGCAGCAGGAACGAAAGGCCAGAGAAAGUUGCAAAGCAAACUAGCUCGACUGGCUGAUCUGAACGAGAUCUUGGAAAAGUGAAUAGGAUGGAAGCCCUUUCGACCACUCUCGCCCGCAGGCUUGAUAUGUCGAGACAUUUUGCCGUUGCCGUGGCUUCUUUUCUCUCCUCUCUUGUGUUCGCUAUAUGUGUUUGGAACCGGGAGAGUACGGUCGUCGGAUGAGACUUGUCGCAUGUCUGGAGAGUUGUAUGAGCGAUGUCGAUGGGAGCGUGAAGAGGAGCGAUCUCGAGGCAUGUCGGAUGCCUUUUGUAUGUUCACUUCAGUGCAGUACGGGACAGUUCAGGUAUAGUCCUCUCAAAUUUCCGAGAGAGAAGGGUCGAGACCAGGGACUAGGACCUGGGGGCUUGUGGGAGGGAGCCAGCUGCCAGACCGCCCAGCGUAUACGGAUAGUGUGUGUUUACUUGUUACGGUUGGAGUGGUUAGUAGGCGAAUAAAGGGGAGAGGACCAAGCGCGUAACAAAAGAGGGAAGGGGAGGAUGGAUAUAAGUGUGUGAGAGAGAAGAGGAAAGCAAUGCUGUAACGAGGCACUCACUCCCAGUCGAUCCUCUAUUCAAUGCAUUGCUACUGUAUGCGAGUACAAGCUCCAUGUUUCACACCUCUCGGCAGACCUAGAUCUCUUGGUCCACGGCUCAUCCAAAUCUCCCAGUAAAUAAAAAAGACCCCUUGACCUCAUGAGCCAAUGAGAUAGCUCCAGCAUGAUGAGGGUGCGGUCACCCACAAUGCUUGUGCCCUGCCAAGUUUCGUCUCUAGCAGGCCAAGCCGGGCCCAACCGUUAAUUUUCGGGGGGACAUUGCUUGGCAGUGCCUUGAAUCUCACCCUAGUCCAGCUACGUCACUGACGCUCUAGCCGCUGUCCAGACGACAUCAUUGUACAGAGCAGAGCUAGGUGCUCCAUUGCUGAUUGCUGGCAUUUCUCUUACCAUAAAAAGCAGUCUUAUCGCACUCUCACUCAUCCUCCUAUAUCUGGCUCUACUCGUCAUACCAACAGUGGUGACCUACGUAACUAACUAGUGCGAUUCAAAUUAUUCUUGUUUUUAUCCUUAUUUCAUAUCCUUCACACUUUACCCUUCCGAGGUCUAGACCCAAGCCAUCUUACCCCAUACAGGCCACCUCAGCAACACCAAAUCACACCCUAGACGCUAGACUUGGAAAAAGCUUGUUCAUCAGCCAGACAGGGGCAUCAACUCUGUGAUUCCCUGUGCCGGUUUCCCGUCUACCGACACUCCCAUUCCGAUUCGACGCCCAAAGGAGGCUUCAUGUUGAAUUUGCAAGCCACUAUGCAAAUCCUCUUUUGCUAGUUCCUGUGUGAUAUUCUGAUAUCACAAGUGCCAGAGCUGGCGGCCUCGGUCUGCUUGUGCAGCUAACACUGUCAACCUGGGCAAUUUCCGGCACCGUUGGUGCAUAUCAUCAUAUUUGAGCAGGCAAUGCAGUAGAGGAAAGAAUCGAAGAACCCUAUACGCUUAUGAUAACAAUAGGACUGCUACUAGAGUCAGACAAGAUAAAUUGUACAUAUCCCGGGACGUGGCGUCAAGUAUUCGACAACAUUAGACAGGGCUUCCCUCGGCUCGUCCACCAUUCAGUUGAGUUAUAACCAUCCUAGCGACCCUGCAAGCUGAAGCAUGUAUUGCUGCAUAGUCGAUAUCCAUAGUUUGAUGGAGGGAAUAUUUUGCCAUGAAAGAAGGGCAUCGUGAUUUCAACUAGGGCGAAAACAAUUUUGGGAUUCGACAGCAGAAGUACGCCCUGAGGGAUAAAGGAAUCCAAAAUGGCUUAAAGAGUCGAAAAGAAGACGAAGUUUGAGCGUAGACCGUAUAUAAGAGAGACUGGAGAUCUGGAUUCGUUGCUUGGAACGAAGGUAGGUAUAUAUACUGGGGGGGGGGGACGCAAGUGAAUCCUUUGCCAAGUCGGUCAUAAUCGAACUAAUUAACAAAAUGACAGUGAUAGCGGCAUGUAAACUUAGACCUCGUGUUGUUCUUUAUUCGUUGGUAUCGCCGAUGUUACGGUUCUCGAAGGCUGCCUCUUUGGCCCGGUACGGAACAGGUUCUGCCAGAACAACUGUUUCAGUACCUAUGGGAAUGUUCAACUCUGGACCCAUCGGCAGUGACUCCAUAUCAAUCUCGACGUUCAACAGAGUCUUGAGGAUCACUUGACUGCCCGCUUUGCUC